CCUGUACCGUUCCCAUGAAAACACCGUGCCAUACUUGCAUAUAUACUACUAUCUAGGUUCUUUACUGCUCUCCCCUUACUCAACCAGACAACACUCUAGCCAACCGAAUAUCAACUCUUUCAGGGUUGAGCGACCAGUUUAACCGUCUAUCAUGGCGAUACCGCGUAUUUGGGGGUGAUUUUGAAGCGCUUGGCAAAGCGACGUCGAUGUGGUACGAGGACGUGUAGAUGCGCUUUUAGACCGUUCGUCGACGUUUGUUCCAAUCUUACUUACCAAGGGACAUUUUCAUUUGUGUUUGAGUGGCUUUGGAACCGUUUCAGUUGCCCAAAGGACCGCUUCUAUCGCUUGUGAAUGAGCACAAUUUCCAGCCCUAAUGGGCUGUGCUCCUAGCAUACACGUCUCUCAAUCAGGAAUAGUAAUUCGUGAAGAAAUCCGGGAGAGUUCUAGCCCAAGGCCUAUAGUUUCUUCGCCUAGUGAGAUAGUCGGCCAUAUUCGUUCUAGUUCAGACUCUGGGUCGCAUAUAUCUACUUCGUCGUCUUCUCGCUAUCGUGGAAGCUAUAAGCGAAGUUAUUAUUCAGCCAGGGGCAGUUCAAUAGAAGCGGAGACACAAACCCAAGACCUCAGUAUGACAGAGAAUAUCAAGAGCGAAAAACGACCGGGAAUCAUGUUGGGACCUAUGAAACUAUACCAGCCAAUUGUGCAGAUAAUGCUAGUGUUUGCAAAGGAAGAUGCACAAACAGAAAGUUUUGUUCAAGCUGCUGAACGAGGUGGAUAUAAGUAUAGCAUAUGUAAGACGUUCGAGGCAGCCAUGGAUCAGUUCCUUAGCAACCAACCUGAAGUAAUCUUCAUUGAUAUGAGAGACUCUUCCACCAUUGAUGGUGAGAAGCUAUGCAAAAGCAUGAGAACAAAACGACCAAGUGAUAGCUCAACUAUCAUAGCAGUAGUUAAACCUUGUCCUAGGCACUCAGAUGAGCCUUCUUUCUUACCCUUAUUAAAGACUGGGUUUGAUAGGAGGUUUAUUGAAAAUACAAAUGUUGGUGGAUGCUUUAAUGAGCUGAAAAUGUUAGAAUAUGGGGAGGUGCGAUCACAGUUGAAGUUACGAGCAACAGCAUGUUUUAUAAAUGCAAUAGAACAUACCCACGAUGCAGUAGAGAUAACAAGAUUAGAUCCAGAUAAGUCUGAUAAUCAAGUCCAUGUAGAGUAUGUGAAUCCUGCUUUUGAGAAAAUGACAGGCUAUUCUAGGCGAGAUGUCAUUGGACACACACAAAAACUGAUGUACCUAGAACAAAGCAAGCCUGAAUUAUUUGAAGCAAUUCUUUCACAACUGAAAAAGGGAACAACUUGGGAAGGUUCUUUUAUGGGGAAAAGACGAAAUGGGGAGCAAUUCUUACAAAAUGUUCAUAUUGUACCUAUCAUAGGGAGGGGAGGGAAAGUAGAACACCAUGUUACUGUAAAAAGAGAAUUAAAAGAAGCAAAUUCACUGCACAACCAAGUCAACAUGAACAUGAGUGUAAAUAUGCAUAUGGAAACACCUAGUUCUGGUACUGGCCACAGAGAUCCAAUAGAUUAUAGUAGUACAUUACCUAAUGGGAAUCUUCAUCGGCGGCCAUCAAUGACAUCCAGAAUAGAAGCACCAAUAACGAAGGUUAUAAACAUGCUUAAUGCAGCUCAAGAAAACAGCCCAUCGUCUGUUGUCCAGGCACUCGAUAGAGUCAUGGAAAUACUCAGAACUGCAGAACUGUAUUCUCCGGUAUUUGCUGGGCACAAUACUAUGGAUGCUGAUGAUGUCAUGGCCAUUGACCUUGUUGGAGGCUUAAUGAGCAAUGGACGAAGAAGAUCUGGUUGUGAAAUACAAAGAUCAAGUCAUCCAUUUCACCCAUCUAAAGAAAGUGGAAGACUAGCACACAUUAGUCAUGCACCUGAGAUUCCUGCUGAAGUUAGCAGUGCCAUGGUUGAUGUCGCUGAUUGGGACUUUGAUAUCUUGAAGCUUGAAAAAGCCUCCAAUCACAGGCCGCUUUACUUUCUAGGGAUGAAAAUCCUGAACAAGUUUCGUGUCUGUGAAAGGCUUAACAUAUCUGAAGAAAUAAUGAAAAAUUGGUUACAGUUAAUAGAAGCUAAUUAUCAUCGGAAAAAUGCUUACCAUAACUCUACACAUGCAGCAGAUGUCCUACAUGCAACUGCUGUUUUCCUGGCUAAAGAAAGAGUGAAGGCUGUGUUAGAACCUCUAGAUGAGGCUGCAUCUCUUAUAGCUGCUAUUGUACAUGAUGUUGAUCAUCCAGGGUAUACAAACUCUUUCCUUUGUAAUGCUGGAAGUGAACUGGCUAUUCUUUACAAUGAUAUAGCUGUCCUCGAAAGCCAUCAUGCUGCCCUUGCAUUCAAACUUACUGCUAGAGAAGAGAAGUCUAAUAUUUUUAGUGGGCUUGAUGUUGAGGACUUCCGCACCGUUCGGCAAUCAAUCAUUGAUAUGGUGAUGGCCACAGAGAUGACACGGCACUUUGAACACUUAUCCAAGUUUGUUAAUAGUAUUAAUAAAAGACGGUCAUCAAGUAUGGAUGAGGUUCAUUCAGUGCAUAGUGGACGUGACACCCCAGACUCCAAUACUUCGUCAACUACGGCAUUGACUACUCCAGAGAACAGGACCUUAAUCAAAAGAAUGUUAAUCAAGUGUGCCGAUAUUGCUAAUCCUGCUCGGCCAAGAUACCUUUGUAAAGAAUGGGCUGAGAGAAUAGCAGAGGAGUACUUUUCUCAGACGGAUGAGGAGAAGAAGCGAGGUCUUCCUGUGGUAAUGCCAGUGUUUGACAGAGCAACCUGUAAUGUGCCACGGUCACAGGUUUGGUUUAUAGACUAUUUUGUCAGUGACUUGUACGACGCCUGGGAUGCAUUUGCUUAUGUGCCAGAAACCAUUCGGCAUUUGACAGAUAAUUACGAUUAUUGGAAGAAGAAAGCAGAUGAACUUGAUGCAAAGCGUGCAGCCUCCCCUUCGAGUCCAACCACCUCAACCACAACUGCAGGCAGUUCAGCUAGUACUGCGCUCAAUGCUGCAUCAACAGUGUCAUCCACAUCUGAUGCCAGAUCAUCUUCGAUGACAUCCUUGACAUCCGUCUAACUUAACCAGGCAACAGUGUACUUGAGCACACUAUUUAAAACGUCAACUACUACAAGAGAGAUAUCUGAUAUUAUACUAUGAAAAAUUGUAAAUAGCAUCCCUUUUGGAGAGACACAAAGAAGAUAUUCUCUAUAACAAAAAUGCUAUAUUCUAUUUAUUUCUUGAGUGAAAAAAAAUUUUUUUUUGUUUGAUGAAAUGGACUAUACAUAAAGUGAACCUAUAAAUACUGUGUUUUAGAUCAAAAAAUCAGAAAUUUUCACAGUUGAGGUGAAUUGACUGACAAAGAGCAAUGCCGACAGCACAUUAUUUUUACACCUGAGACCAUGAUUAAGGGGAACAUACUCUAUCAUGGAAAAGGUUUCAAAAAAAAAAAACACUGUUAAACACUGGUAAAUGCUAUAGAUCCUGAGUCUAGAGUCUAUGGAACUGAUUAUUUUGUCCAAAAAAAAAAAAAAACAAUUUUCCAAUUUGUUAUGGGAUCAGAAUUUUAAAUUAUGAAGCAGUAUCAUCUUCUUGGCAUUGCAGAAUGGUGAUACUGGUCACGAUUAAGUGAUUAGUAUCAAUCAUUUGCGAAUCAACAGAUAUUGUAAAUAGGUUGAAUCAGUGUUGAGAGAUUGGCAGCUGUCAAUCAUGAUUUGUGACAGCUGUGGAUUGUCAAGGAAAUGCUUAGUUCAGAUCACACAUCUCAAUUGUGACUGUUAGCUUCCUGAAGUAAUCUUCAAGGUUGACCAGUACAGAUUACCUUACUUUAAUAGAAUUAUAAAACCCUUUCUACAUGUUUCUAGCUAGAGCUGUUAGUAAAAAUCAGACAAAAAGCUUGGAACAGCACAAAUUAAUAGCAGUUUUUUCAACCUUGUUGAUUACUACAGUGUACAAAACCAAAUACAAUGACAUUCUUCAUUUUCCUUUUGUUUAUCCCCUCGUUCAGUGGAAUAAGUUUUGGUUCAGUAACGCAGGAUUUGGUGAUUUUGCCUGAUUAUGGUGUAAUAUUAAUAAUAUUAUAAUACAGAAAUUGUAGAGAUCAUAGUAGUUUUUGAAAAUUUAUCAUAUUAUACAAAAUGAUUCAUUAAUAUUAUAAGAUGCGUAUUAGACGUAUUGUUAUUAUGAAAGAAAACUACAACUACGAAGCAAUAUGGGACAUGUCGUUUUAUCGACGUUAAGGUAUUGAACAGUGUAUGUAGUAUAUAGUAUAAUUAACUCGUUUUUCUAUUUUUAAUGCUUCCUCGACUGCUUGUAAAUUAACUUUAGGUUCUCUUCAUUCUCUUUCAAAGCAGGAUUUUUAGUUUUACUUUGUAGCCUUUAAAGUGACCUUGAUAUAAACUUUGUACAUGUUCAUUCAAGGGUUUCUUUAGUCCUACAGCUUUAGACUGCAACCCAUUUAAUGAAUUAUUGAUAAUGAUUAAUUUUAUCUUUCACGGGGGAUAGUCAGGUGACAAAAUGAUAUUUCAGAGUUGAUUAUUUUAAAAUCAUAUUUAUACUUGGUAAAAUUAUUAUUAAUAAACAAAACCAAAUACAUUGCUUUAUUAUUUUCUAUUAUACAAAUUCCCAAAACUUAUUCACUCAAAUUAUUUUGCAUGUUGUCACCUGAGUGCUCAUCCCUCACAGAAGUUUCAAUUUCAAAUUCCUUCGUCAGUAGUAACUGCUGAAUGUUUUUAGUUUCAUCUUUAUUCCAAUGUUGGCUGAUUGUAUUUGCCAUAGCUUUUGGCAUAUGUAAUAAUAAAUCAUUGUCCUGUGGUCCUUCUCUUACGUAUACUCUCACUGUACAGCUGUAAGGAGUACUAAAUUAUGGUGCUUUUAUUUGAGAAGUUUAUCAAAAGCUUGUUGCUGUGCUAUAGUUUGGUACUAAUAUUAUAGAUACCAGUAUGUACGACAUUCUGAAGUAAAAAAGCAUCAAAAAAUUGA